UCUCUCUCUGUUUUUUUUUUUGACUUUAACCACUCUCUUUUUCCUUUCUCCAUAGACCUUCAGCUCUCCCCAUCAUGGCUGACACUUCUGCAAGUUCAGUCCACAAUCAGAGAGCCACAGUUCCUUCCCAUAACUCAUCCACAUUUCUUCAAAGACUUCAUGAGCAUGCCCCGAACUCCAUCCAGCUGAUAGGACUCUUGACGCUUUUAAUCACCGGAACCGUCUUGCUCCUCCUUACGGGCCUAACCGUCGCCGGUGCCGUUCUGGGUUUGAUGUUCUUUGCGCCUUUGAUCAUCGUAUCGAGUCCAAUAUGGGUCCCGGUCGGAACCGUUCUGUUCAUCGUCGCCGCGGGUUUCUUGUCCAUGUGUGGAUUUGGGGUGGUCGUUGUCGCUGUACUCUCAUGGAUGUACCGAUACUUCCGGGGGCUUAACCCCCCCGGUUCGGGCCGGAUCGACUAUGCUAGGACCCGGAUUUUUGACACGGCGAGCCAUGUGAAGGACUGCGCUAGGGAAUACGGCGGGUAUUUGCAAGGCAAGGUGAAGGACGCGGCUCCGGGCGCUUGAUUCAGGAAAGACCGGACCGCAGUUUAUCGGUUCGGUUUUGUCAAUUGCAUUUCAUUUCAUGGGCCAAACCAGAUAUUUUAGCUCGCUUUUGUUUUUAUAUUUUGGGGCCAACCACCACAGGGAUCAUGCCAUUGUGGUUUGUGUGUUUUUUUGGGCCAAGACGUCGCGUUUUGUGUUUAAUCCUUCAUUUUCUUGGACUGACACUCUGUUUAAGUGGGAAAAAAAGGAAAGUUUAUCUAUGGGUUU